GGGAGGGGGAGGUGGACAGAAAGACCACAUGUAAACAAAAGUGCAAAGUGUCCCAAGACUUUUGACCAGGAUUGUCCGAAUGAGACUUUUCAAAAACACACUAUAUUAUUUAGCGAGAUCUCUAUGCUAUCGAGCCUGUACUGCUAUAGACUAGACUAUAGACAUUAACUGAGCUUACUUUCAUUCCUUUCCAAACCAAACACAGCGUAGCCUGCGCAGCUUGUCGGUUUAAGCAAUUUUUGCAGUUUGAGCAGUUUGAGCGCGAGCGCACAAAGCGGCGAAGCCGCGAGGAACCGCCUGCCUGGAUUACCCGCAUCUUUUAUUGCCGGCCCUAUUACAUACUUUGACAACCCGAUGACAGGUUUUGUGGAUUGUAUUAACGCAGCUAAUCAGAGCAUAGAUCGCAAUAAGAAACCGCUUCCAGCCAACUUGGCUGGGGAAAGUCACUGUGAUACUGUGGAGUCUAUCAAAACAAAACUAUCCUAUGCGGUGUUUGCUCGAUGGCGGCGAGGGGCAAUACGCCGAAAAAGUCUGUCAAGGGAGGAAUCGAGAGAAGUUAAAACGAUAAUUGCCAGGUAGACUUUGUUGUUGUCCGCUCAAGAUCAAAUUCGGAGAAUUUAAACAUUUCCAUGCAAAACCUUUUCAAGGUCUCUAAGCAUGAAGGAUUUCAAAAUGGCACUUUGUCAGAAAUCUGAAAUUGAUCUAGAAAUAGAAAGAUCAGACAUAUCACCUGAUCGUGUGUACCAUGUCUGUGCACGUAAAAUAAGAAACGCUUUUGGACUUCAUGAUUUCAUCUACUGGAGCCUGCAGAAAGAGAAGCAAGCGGCGAUUGAAGUUUCUGAUGAUUCAAGCAAAUGCAAACGUCUAUUGCCAACGACCGUUUCGUUGCCAGAUCGAAGUCGUCAAACAAGAAAAGGACAUAAAACAUCAGACGACAAUUCCAUAGUUGUGAAGUUUAGAGAUAAUAUUUCUGAAAUUUAGUCGUCGAUGAUGCUUUUAACAGCGAAAUAACAACGAUACAUGUACUGGUUCUCGUAGAGGACAAUACUAGUCUGGCGAGCGCAAACAGUGAAACACGGUAAAAAAUCAUGCUUUUGCCAAAGUCUGUUGGGAAAACGACAAUCACUUCUCUUCCAUCAGGCAAAUUGUUUACGGCUGUUUCUUGCGUUUGGCAGUUAACAAUUUCGCGAUAUUCGCGAAGAAUAUUCAGGCGCGAUAGCGCUUUCGACAACGCUUUAGGAAUUAUUUUCUGUUUUAUACGCGCCAAAGAUCUGCGUUGUAAUCAUUGUUGUUCCUUGGAGCUGUCCUCUGGGAGAUUACUUAAAAUUUUGACUGAUGUGUUAGCCUUUUGAUUCAAAGGCAAUGGCCCGCACGCCAGCGUACUGGACGAACAAAAAAAGCCGGUAAUCCGUGCAGGCGGUUUCUCAGUUGUCUUUCUCUUAGGCUCCGCUCGUUAAUGCGGGGUUGGCGCUCAUUAUCGCGGCUUCGCCGCUUUCUUAGCGCGCUCAAAUUGCUCAAAAACCGCCAAGCUACGCAGGUCAAACACACUGUUGAUGUUAAUUCUUCCACAGAAGCUGCUGUAAAUUAUAUUUUCUCGAGUUUGAUUUUUAUGCGCAACUCUUUUUCCUUUUUUCAGGGUAUACCAAUAUUUUAUUCAUUCGAAAAAGUAAGAAGAUCAAGGACAAAGUUUGAAGCCCAUUGUCCAGUUCCCCCGUUCUGCCAUAGGACACGAUUACCAUACUAAACAACCUCUUUAUCUUGCUCACAAAAUACCGCCGACUCAAUUGCUCCUGGUAUCACGAUAACGCCGAGAUAACGCCAUUUUGAACUCAAGGAGAAAAGGCGAAAGAGCAUUCCCUGAGAUUCCCUGAGUAGACCGAGUGAUGAUGGCUUACUUUCAAGAAAAUUGGCUGCAAGCAGAAGACCACAUCAAACAAAGAGGCAUUUUCAUGUUCAACAACGUUCUGCUAAGCGAUGUAAGCCUUGUUGUUGGUGCUUCGAGGGACAAAAGUGCUCCGAAGAAAAGCAAGAUGGCGAUUCCUGCCCACAAGAUGGUGUUGUCGAUUUGUAGCCCCGUGUUUUUCGCCAUGUUCUGCGGGGAUUUGGCGGAGAGAUCGGAAUCUGUUUACCUACCUGACUGUGAGUACGAGGGAGUGUUAGAAAUGCUACGAUACAUAUACGGCGGGGAGCCGGAACUAAACGAAAGCAAUGUGAUGGAAGUGCUGUACGUAGCAAAGAAAUACCUGGUUAAUUCUCUCGCUGUUAAGUGCAUUGAGUUUCUACGACGUAACUUGGACACUGCAAACGUGUUUUGUGUUCUGUCACACGCUCAGCAAUAUGGCGAGAAAAUUCUUGUGGAUCAAUGCUGGGAAAUGAUCGAUCUAGAAACUGAGGAAGCAGUGAAAUCUGAUGGAUUCUUCACAAUUGAAAGAUCUUUACUUGAAGCACUAGUCGUGAGAGAUUCCUUGACAGUCAACGAGGUAGAUUUGUUCCAAGCCGUUGAUCUCUGGGCUACAAAUGAAUGUGACAGGCAAGGGCUGACUACAGAUGCCAAUGUAAAAAGAAGCAUUCUUGGAGAAAAGAUAGUGAGAGAAAUUCGUUUUCCAUUGAUGAAAGAGAAAGAGUUUGCAAGUGUUGUGCUAGACGGUGAAAUACUCAACCCCCAAGAGGUUGUUUCCAUGGUGAAGCAUUUUAAUUCAGUAUUGUCCUCACCAGUUGGUUUCCGAGGAGACAGAAGAGUUGGCCCUUAUCAGUCAUGUUUCAGAUUUAGUGGCAUUCAGCCAGAUCUGCAUAAAUUCAGUGGUGAACAAAGCAUCAAUUUCCAUAUAAACAAAGACAUAGUGAUCCGUGGGAUUCGUCUGUUUGGCAGUGGAAAUAAUGAAUAUGAUGUGACAUUGACCGUGUUAAAACACCUUGGGGGUGUCAUUGCCGAUAAAUCUGGAAAAUUCUCAUCAGUUCUUGUAAGGAGGAAAGAUCAUUUCUAUAGUGGUGUUGAUAUCAUGUUUGAUCCAGUUAAUUUGAGGAAAGGUGUUCAUUAUGUGGUUAGGGCGAAUAUAAAUGGCCCUGAGUCACAUGCUGGGAUCGAUGGUGUCCAGGAAGUUACAUCGCAUGGUGUGACAUUUUUCUUUAGAGGCACUGGUAGUUUACUUUCUACCACCACUCUUCAGUGGGGACAAAUUGCUGAGUUUUUCUUUACGCUACAAUGACUUUACAAAGGAGUGCUGUUUCUGGGAUAACCUGUCAUUUUGCCCGAUAGCCAGUUCUCCGGAUGUCAGUUUGCUCGAGCUGAGAGUCACUUUGCCUGGAGUGAACCAAGAGCUCAAAGAAGGAGGUGUCAACUUUUCUUGCGAUAAUUCUGUAAACAAAAGGAACGAAAAAGACAACAUUGUGGGCAUAAUGAAACAAAACUACACACAUGCCUAUUAGUAUUUCUCCUUCUUCAAUCCACUGACCACAAAGCUACAUGUCACAGUCUGGGUGAACCGACUAACUGUCUGGGCAAACUGGAUUCAGGCAAAGCAAUGGUAGUUAAUUCGUGCUGGGAUCUGUGAUUAGAUGCAAUAUAAUUUAGACCAGUUUGGCUCUUUUAUAUGGUUGCAGUUUUUGACACAUAUGGUUUUAAGACAUGAGAAAACUGUCAGGAUUAGACCAACUGUCAGGAUUAGAGCAACAUGUAACAGUUCUUCUGUAGUUUUAAUGCAAGACUCGUGGUUUUACGUAAUGUCUGACAGUCUCGUGGUUUGACCUAGAAUCUGAGCAGCCUCAGUUUUUGCAUUCUUUUUUUAAAGAUUUUAGAGCAAAAGAGGGAUUGCUCAAAUUUAUAGUGGUGAAAAGAGAUCAUAACGAAAGUUUUUAAUUGAAGAGUUUAGAAGAUAACCACUGCAUAGUGUUUUUAAAAAGGCAGCAUUUUUUGCCAGGCGUACACUGUACUCUUACUAGAUGAUUGUAAUAGAUGAACUACUGACAAAUAGUUGCAACUUGUGUUGCAAACUCUAUGUAAGUUCAUUUUACUCAAUGUUUUUCAAUGUUUUCCAAGACGAUUCAGAUAGAAGCUUAACAUUUUAUUUUUUUUGCGGAUGAGAUAUUUCGUUUAGAGCAUGUUUUGUUUACGGUACACUCAACACAUAAUUUUGAUUAAAUUAAUUCCAUAAUAGGGAAUAGUUGAUUCUGAAGAUCCUGGAGGUGUGAUCUCUUUCAUAGCUUUUAAUUCUUUUUUAUUACUAAAUGAAUAAUUUAUUCAUCAGAAGAACAAAUAAAGAAAAAAAAUUUAUGUGUGUUGCUCCC